CGAAAUUCCCUGCGGAAAGAAAAAAGUCAAAAAAAAAAGAAGUCCUCGGUGGUUUUGCUCGCAGGACGUUGCGCCCGCCAAACACGACAUCCUCGCUCUUCCCUCUCUCAUUUAUUUAGCCGGCCUCAUUCGGUAUUGUUAUUUUUCUAUUAUUAACCGGGAAAGCAGCUGAGAGUCGUGGUUGCCCACCAUGACACUUUUCAUUCUUACCGAAACCAGCGCAGGCUACGCCCUGCUGAAAGCGAAGGACAAGAAACUCCUCAAACGCGAUGAUCUGGCAACAGAAGCUGCUACUGCAGAGGGUGUAUCGAAUCUAUUGAAACUGAAGAGCUUUAAGAAGUUCGAUAGCGCUGCUACCGCUCUGGAGGAGGUUGCUUCCAUCGUUGAAGGAAAGGUCACUCCUCGUCUGGCCGGUCUACUUGAUGAGAUUAAAGAUGAGAAGAAGGUCUCUUUGGCCGUUGCCGAUCCCAAACUUGGCAAUGCCAUUGGCAAACUUCCAGGGCUCUCGGUGCAAUUGGUUGCCGACUCCUCGACGACAGAUAUCUACCGUGCUAUUCGUGAACACCUGCCCACACUGAUCCCCGGCCUGAUGCCCCAGGACAUGUCUACUAUGUGUCUUGGUCUGUCGCACUCCCUCGCAAGACACAAACUGAAGUUCUCGCCUGAUAAGAUCGAUACGAUGAUUGUCCAAGCCAUUGCUCUGCUUGACGACCUGGACAAGGAGUUGAACAACUAUGCUAUGCGUGUAAAGGAAUGGUAUGGUUGGCAUUUCCCGGAACUCGCGAAGAUUCUCAACGACAAUCUCGCAUAUGCUAAGGUUGUUCUGAAAAUGGGAAUGAGAUCCAACUGGGAGUCAGCGGAUCUUCUGGAGGUUCUUCCGGAGGAAUUGGAGGGAGCUGUCAAGGCAGCUGCUGACCGCUCUAUGGGUACUGAGAUUAGCGAGGAGGACUUGGAGAAUAUCCAGGCUUUGGCAGAGCAGGUGGUUGGUUUCACUGAAUACCGCCAACAGCUUGCGGGUUAUUUGACAUCACGUAUGAAUGCCAUCGCUCCCAACUUGACCGCGCUUGUUGGCGAGUUGGUUGGCGCACGUCUCAUUGCACACGCUGGAAGUCUGACCAAUCUGUCCAAGAGCCCUGCCAGUACUCUCCAGAUUCUCGGUGCUGAGAAGGCCUUGUUCCGUGCCUUGAAGACCAAGCAUGAUACUCCCAAGUAUGGUCUUAUCUACCAUGCUUCCUUGAUCGGCCAGGCUACCGGCAAGAACAAGGGCAAGAUGGCCAGAGUUUUGGCCGCCAAAGCUUCGCUUGGUCUACGUGUUGAUGCUCUCGCAGAGUGGGAGGACGACGUUACAGAGGAAGAAAGAGCUGCUUUGGGUACAGAAGCCAGAUACAACCUCGAGCGGAAAUUGGCCGCUAUGGAAGGACGGCCUGUCAAGCCCAGAGGUGUUGCUAUUGCUCCCAAUGGUGCUACAACCCAGCCUAACAAGUUUGAGCUCAACGAGUCCAGACAGUAUAAUGCCGAUGCCGAUGCAGUUGUCGGUGAUGAGCCCGCAUCGGCCAAGAAGGCUAAGAAGUCGAAGAAGCUAGUGGAGGAAGUCAAGGACACAGAAAUGGCUGAUGCUUCUUCCGAUGAGAGCGAGUCAGAGCCCGAGGCUAAUGGUGCGAUGAAGUCUGACAUCGAGAAGUUGGCUGAAAAGGCAGGUCUCAGUGUGAAGAGAUAUCAACGGAAGCUUGAACGAGGAGAAAUUGAGUUCGAUGCUGAAGGCAAUCCCACCGCCAUCAGCAAAAAGGAUCUGAAGAAGGCCAAGAAGGAGGCUAAGAAGGAAUCCAAGAAGGCCGGUAAAGACAAGGAUGAGGGCAAGAAACGCAAGAGGACAGACGAGGGUGAGGAAGUGGAGAGCGCUGAGAAGAAGAAGAAGAAGAAGAAGGGCCGGGAGUAAGAAAAGUCGAAUUUUAUUUUCAUCUCUGUAUGAUAUCACAGCUUGUGUGGAUUUGAUUUUGCUGUUUUGUUUCUUUUUCUGGGUGGCAUUUAAGGAUGAAUUCUGGUCUUCCCAUGGCGCAGAGGUGCUUGUUGGUAUAAGGCAGUACAAUCCUAGCUUGAUAAUGAAUUGGUGUUCA